GUAACCGAAUUAAAAAUGAUAGCAAAAGAAUACGUGGAAACUCAUCAAAGGAUUCUGCAAAGCGAGGGAUUAAAAACUAAAAACCAGAGCUUUGAGGAUUACAUAGAGGGAAACGAAAACACAGCUUUCAACAAGAGAAUUUACUAUUUACCACUUACCAAGUUUUCAUCUUUCUCAGAAAUGGAGGAUCAAGGAGAGGUUGAAACAACUAUCACCUCAAAGUACACAUGGAUCAUCAAGAACUUUUCUAAAUUGAAGUGCGACAAGCUCUACUCCGAGACCUUCUUCACUGGCAAGCAUCCAUGGCGGAUUCGUAUACAUCCAGAAGGGAAUAAAGUAAACUGCUUGUCAAUCUAUUUGUCUGUUGGUGAUAAUGCUAAUUUUCCUGCUGGUUGGAGCAAAACUGCUAACAUUAAGAUGUCUCUAAUUAAUCAGCUCUAUUCUGAUGACACCAUAACACAUGUGGCUGUGCAUACCUACAAGCACAACAGCACAGGAGUUGUUGCUGCCUAUGGUUUCCCAUCCUUUGUGUCUUUACCUGAAUUUCGUGACCCUAGUGAAGGGUUUCUUGUGAAGGACACAUGCAUAAUUGUUGCUGAGGUUUCUGUCGAGAAUUCAGGACAUGAAGAUACUAAUGUUGAUCACUUGCCCAAGGAAAUGUACUCACCAACAUCAACAUGUGAUGAGUUGAUCAAUUUCAAGGGUCUAUGCCAAAUAGAAAAAGACCAUGUUAAUCUGUUGGAGGAAGCAUGUUUGAAGCAUCCUUCCAUUAUUGAAAGCCAUCGAAAGAGAAAACGGAGUCAGAAGUUCACAGAAUGGUCAAUCACAACUCUAGGGAAAGUGUUGCAUUUUCUAAAGACUAAAAAAGUGAAGGACAUGAAUGAUGAUGCAUGUAAGGAGCUUCAAGAUUUGUGGGAGGAGCUUGAGAUGGUUAAGUUUGAUGAUUUGAGUUGGCUGAAGCCCCAUGUUGAAUCUGCGUUGAGUAUGAAAAAUUAUGCGGAGAGAUUGACGAAGGUGAAAAGGCUGAAGGGUAGUGUAGUUGCUCUAGAGGUUAAGAGGAGGAACCUGAAAGAACUGAUGAUUUUAGCAGAGACAGAUCUUGAAAGAGCAAGAAAGGAAUUGGCAAUAGCUGAAAAGGGGUUUGUAAAGAGAGAAUUGGAUGAUGAACUAGGAUGUGGAAUAUCCUAAUUAAGAUGACUGCCAAAUUAGACUUCUAUUUUAGUUUGCUGGCUGAGAUUAUGUUAGAAUCUAUUCAUAUUUUAUGGUAAUAUUUAUUGGUGUACUUCAAACAUUACACAUGCCAUAU